AUGGCGGUGACGCGCGCGCGACCGCGAUGGGCGACCGCGCGACCGACGCGCGGGCGACCGACGCGCUGGAACGGCGCGCGAGGACGACCGACGCGCGCGGGACCCGGGAAUGGGGUCGAUGAGACCCUGCGGUUUCUCACCGCGAACGACGUCGUGAAAGUCGCCGAGGCGCACGGCACGCCGACGUACGUCUACGACGCGCCCACGCUCGAGGCGCGAGCGGCGGUGGCGAAGGGGUUCCCGAACGCGUACGGGUUGACGGUGCGAUACGCGAUGAAGGCGUCGCCGAACGCGGCGAUUUUGAAGAUUUUUAAAAAGGCUGGUUUGCACGUCGACGCGAGCAGCGGGUACGAGUGCGAGCGCGCCAUGCGCGCGGGGUUCGCGGGGGAUGAGAUUUCGUUAUCGACACAGGAGUUGCCGAGUUUUUUUCCCGAGUUGGUGGAGAAGGGGGUGCGGAUCAACGCGUGCUCGCUCGAUCAGCUCGAGCGGUUCGGCGCGGCGUUUCCGGGGGGGGAGAUCGGCGUGCGGUUUAAUCCUGGGUUGGGGAGCGGCGGGACCGGGAAGACGAACGUGGGCGGUCCGAGCUCGUCUUUUGGGAUUUGGUACGAGCUCCUGCCGCGGGUGAAGGAGAUUGUCGCCGAGUACAAUCUAAAGGUGGUGCGCGUGCACACGCACAUCGGUAGCGGGAGCGACCCGGCGGUGUGGCAAAAGGUGAGCGGGAUGUCGCUCGAUCUGUGCCGAGAGUUCCCGGACGUGACGACGCUCAACCUGGGCGGUGGAUACAAGGUUGGACGCAUGUCCUACGAAAAGUCCACCGAUCUCGCCGUCGUCGGCGUGCCGGUGAAGGAAGCGUUCGAGAAGUUCGCCGAGGAGACCGGUCGCAAGCUCAAGCUCGAGAUUGAACCCGGCACGUUUUUGCUCGCCAACUCGUGCGCCGUCGUCACGAGAGUCCAAGACAAGGUCACCACGGGCACCGCCGAGGGUCACACCUUCUUGAAGCUCGAUUGCGGGAUGACCGAGGUCCUCCGCCCGAGCCUGUACGGCUCUCAGCACCCGCUCGUGAGCGUGACCAAGGAUGGUACCCUUCCUGAAACGCAAGCCGAGUACGUCGUCGUCGGACACUGCUGCGAAUCUGGCGACUUGAUGACGCCAGCGCCGGACGAGCCGGAGACCAUCUCCGAGCGCACCAUGGGCGAGGUCAACAUCGGCGACUUCAUCGUCAUCGAGGGAUCGGGCGCGUACUGCGCGGGCAUGGCGUCCAAGAACUACAACUCAUUCCCGGAGGCGCCCGAGGUCAUGCGCCGCGGCGCCGGCGACAUGGUGUGCAUCCGACGCAAACAAACCCUCGACCAAAUCUUGUCCAACGAGAUCGAUUACGCGGCGUAG